AUGGGGAGUGGUGAUCCUUACGGCCGCCAGCUUGAUGGCAUGGGAGCCGGCAUAUCGAGUCUGAGCAAGAUAUGUCUAGUUGAACCGUACGGGAAAAGAAUUGCAACCGACAGUAAAGGAAUCCGUUUUCGCACGGGGUAUGGUGGAAUUGAUGCAGCCCGGGAAACUGCACGAGAAGCACAGGCUCAAGAGGAAGGUCGUCGAAAUGUGGACGAGCAGGAACCAGAUAUUGACUACACUUUCGUUGGACUAGGCAUUGAGAACAAAGAAGUGGAUGUUGCUGGCAACUGUGGGAACAUGAGCAGCGCUAUCGGUCCCUAUGCAUACAAUGCAGGUCUCCUUCCAUCACGGUUUUACGCACAGGGCGAUGGAGAGUUCACAGUCAAAAUACGAAACACCAACACUGGCAAGUUGAUAGACUCUACCUUUGAGGUUGUCGGAGCGCAGGCUGCUGUUUUGGGCGACUACAGCAUUGAUGGAGUGACUGGGACUGGCUCAAAGGUCAAGCUAGACUUCAAAAAUCCAUAUGGUAGCAAGACCGGCAAAGUGCUACCCACGGGCAAACGCAUAGACAACAUUGCAGGCUACAGGGUGUCCUGCGUAGAUGGAGCAAACCCAGCUGUCUUUAUCCGCGCAGACGAAGUUGGCGUGGAUGGUACCAUUCUCCCAAACGACUUCAACAAGCUUACAGAUAAACUCAGCCUGCUCGAAAAGAUACGGAAAGCUGCGGCAGUGGCAAUGGGGAUCGCAAAAACAGAAGAUGAGGUGCCCCGUACAAUACCCAAGAUUGGUCUUGUAUCUCAGUCGUCCAGCCAUCCUGUGCUAUCAGGGGAAAUACUCCAGUCAUCGCAAAUGGACAUUGUCCUCCGCUUCCUCUCCGAUACACAGCCCCAUCGCGCUAUACCUUUAACUGCAGCUUUGACAACAGCAGUUGCGGCUCGCCUACCUGGUACGAUUGUCGAGCAGAUGCUAGCUCCUGAGCCAUUGAUGAAGGGUGCUAUUACGAUUGGGCAUGGAAGUGGGCGGCUGCAAGUCAACGCUACCAUGGACGAAAAGAACAAGCUCAUCCCAGUCACUGGCGCAGUGUAUAGGACUGCAAAGAGGUUGUUCGAGGGAGAGACUUUCUGGACAGACAGCAUCGAAGAAACUUCUGAACCCGGUACCACAUACAGCAAUAACGGUCGACACUCUCUUGGUCUAGCU